AUGCCGUCCGAAUCAACCGGCCUAAAGAUCAGAAUCAAGAAGCCCCGUGCGCAGCCAGGGAUCGAGAUCGUACCGCAAACGAUAUGUCCAGUCUGUGAUCUCUCCAUCUCGACUUCCGAGAUUGAUGCGCACUACGAUGAGGAGCUCGCGAAGUUCGAUACUGCGCCCGUGAUGGGUACUAACCGUCGAGGUGCCGCUGCUGUGGCGAGGAAGAAGGUCAAGGACGUUACGACAACGCUGGCUGGGACGAGACGGUGCGCUAAAGCGGAUGCGAAAGCGGAGGGGCUGUUAACCACCGUACGCCGCAACCGGAAAAGACGGAAAACGGAAGCGUUGACGCGAGCGAGGAAUGCUGCGAAGGAAUACGAUGAACCCGAUACCGCGGCAAGCACGUGUCCAAUCUGCUCCAUACCGGUCUUUGGAUCUCUCGAAGAUGUCUCCGCACACGUCGAGAUCUGCCUCGAAACCCGACGGGAAGCGGAACGAAGGGAGAGGGAUCGGAAUGGAUGGGGGGAGGAGUACUCGUGGGCUGGACAGAGUCGGGUGCGUGCGACUGCGUUGAUGGAGGGGAGUGGACAUGUGCAGUUGGCUUCGACUGGGAGUGCUUCCAAAGCAAGUGGAGACGGAGAUGGGGAGGAUGAUGUUGAGGUUGAUAUUGAUGGGGAUGACGAGGUUGUUUAUGGGGAGGCGCAGUAUGGGGAGGAGAGUUUGAAGGUGGUCAAUGCUGUGGUGGAGACAGACGCGCUGGGCGUGUCGGAGGGUCAAGAGCCAGAGGUUGAUGUGGACGUAAUGGAAACAGCCUGGAUCGAACCCCCAGGCUGGAAAGAUCACUCAACCUCCACUACAACACCCACAAACCCAACCAACCUAGCCGCCACCGACCUCCUCCUCCACUCCCUCCGCACCCGCAUCCACGAACUCGAAUCCCAAUCCCAACACGCCUAUCGCUGCAACAUCUGCCUAGGCCCCUACAAAACCCCAGUCAUCAGCGUCGUGUGCUAUCAUUGUUUCUGCGAGGAGUGUUGGUUGCAGUGUUUGGGGAGUUUCCAGAAGUUGUGUCCGCAGUGUAAGAGUAUCACUACGCCGAAGGAUCUGAGGAGGAUCUAUUUGUGA